CUAAGUGGGAUGCUUUACAACACUGAAGCGUCACACGUCCUGCUGAAUACACGCUCCUGAUUGGCUCUUUUCGCUCGCAACAAUUUCCCGCUAAUUGGCUGUUUGAUGUGAUUGGUUGUUGAAUGGCUUACUUUUGAGAGGCGCAUAUCUGCCAUCAUUUCUAUAACACUAACCAUGCAUCGGUUGAUAUUCUUUAGACUGGAAAAGUGCUCGACAUAGUCCAUGAAGCUCUUGAUCUCUCCCCGACAACAUGUUCGUGCUCUUUAGCACACUGUGGCUCGCCUUUACUCUUCUGAGAAGUAGCAGUGGCCAAGGUACUGUGUAACACGAAGCGAUUCCCUGAUUAUUUUCGACAUGAUUUCUUGUCCUCUCCGUGUGCGCUCAUUCACCUUACAACCGCUAGAACCGCUUAGUAGGGAUUCUGCUGUUUGAUCGUUCCCCGGGUCGGCUAAUCUCGCGCCUUAGCCGGCUCUUUUGUAAACUGCUAGCUCUGUUGGUUUUAGCUUGUUAGAAUUAAUCACGGUUUGUGGAUUUAACAGAAGAAAUAAUUAAGACAACCACGCGAAUCCGAGUGAAUCUUCUCGCAUUGAAUUGAAUGUAAAUUUCCGGUGGUUCGAUUUUUGGUCUGCGGGUAGCUGGGAUUUACGUCAAAUGGAUCGACUUCACCGUCACAAUUCGUUACUGCAGUUGUUCAGAAGUCUUUUACACUUACAAUUUUUUGGUUAUUUUAUCUCACAGCUCAUCUUCCAGCCAUCAGUUGCUGCUCCGAUGCCGCUGAAUUUGAAGCUUGCAAACAUCACUGUAAUGAGGUAAUGUUCAUGCUACAUACGAUCUCUUUUAUCUUGCCCGGCGGGGCAUAUUUGAAAAUCCAAGCGAACUGAAAAGCAAUGGUUCAUUGUAAAUAAAUUGUUCUUGUUUAUCGUCCUCAAAUACGUCGAGUGCGAAAUUUUUCUGUGCAUUUUGUAUUCACACUUAUGCAAGUUUAUUUUAGACCGGAGGCAAAUUGAAUUCAAAUGCUUACCACUAACAUCUGUGUAUGUUGUUUUGAUUCCCUUCUGUCAGUUGGAUACCGAAGGAGACCUCAGUUUACGCUAUCAGAAAUUACGUGAACUUCCCAAACAUUGCCCUGGCCAUUUGGUGAGUAAAGUUUGAUAUUUUCUGUUUGUUUGAAGAAGUACUUUGUCGCCUUUCCGUGAGUAUCAAAGAGGAAAACAAUUAUCUGCAAAUGCCCUGCAGAAGUGCAAUAGAUAACCGGCUUUUUCGCCGCCCAUAACACUAAUUCUGUUUCUUCUAAUCCUCUUGUUUCAGGUUUACUUUUGGCGGUGCCUUAAUGAUUCAAAUCCAGGUAAGAAGCCUGUAGGAGUAGCUAGUCCUAUCUGCUUGCAUUGUCACUUUAAUUUCCACUAAUAACUUCUGCAAAUAAAGGUCUUGCUUCGUAUAAUAGGCCAAUUAGCUUCGGUCUAAGUUUCGUCGCCUUCGUUUUUAAUGUUAAAGAGAUGCAUGAUAUUGUGAACUGUGUGUACUUUAACUUUCACAGACACUAUAGUCGUUUGCGCUUUAAAAGUAACGAGGUGAGAAUUAGAUUUCAAGUGAAUUACGUCCGAAAGGUCGCGCGAUUGCGUGGCUUCGUAUGUGAGUGUUUAUCCAUGCGUUCCGAAUUUAUCAGCGUUAUCCUGGCUUUGGUGAGGUUUAAUUUUUCACUUUACUUUUGUCAGUGGAUUGGAGUUCCUUCAGUUUAGAUGUAACUGAUUAUUUCAUAAUUGUCAAAGCAAAAUCCCACGUGUUUGAGCGCGCUUUUUUCUUAUCAUUGACUCGCUGUUAAUAGCAACCUUUUAACAUAGCAUCAUCUGCAAUGCAAAGCGGGCAGCUUAAUGGCAAAUUAAUUGGGCUGUGGCAUUGUUUUUUCUUGGCCAGUUAUUUUUUCGUUUCAUUCGAGACCAUGAACCGUUAAGAAAGGUUUGCAUGAUUGUAUGCGAAGUAUUUUAGCGUUCGAAAAUACAACACUUGAAAGGGCAAGUAUUUUUUUGUAUCGUGGACAGAAGAAAAUCAUACACAGUUUUGUGGGGCUAUCAAGUUGAAACCGAUGGUCUUAGUUUUUGGUUUUUCUGAAGACUAAAAGUGUGUUUUUGAGAUCAGCCAGAGGCUAGUAUGAAUAAUUAAGCUUAAUCAACCUGAAUUAAGAAUUAAUUUUCGUUUUAAAAGCGUUUUGUUUGAAUUCGAGAAUUGCAUCGUGAUGCCACUUCUGUUUAAUGUCAAGAACCAUUCCACAUUCCUCUAAAUGGUUUUGUUCAAUCUGUUUUCACAAGAUUCCCCCCACAGAGCGAUUUGGCAGUGAUCUUUUGUUUGGGAAUAGAAAAGAAAUUAUGCGUUUUAAUGGGGUGUUAAUAUUUUAUCUCAGGCAUUGAAAUAAUUUGCUUUGGGCGACCAACACUGAUGUAGUUUGUUCGACGCGAUGUAAGCUUACAUCUUACUGUAUUUGUAAGCUUACACAUCAAAGCUCUUUCUUUUUGUUCUUGUCCACUGAGUAGUAUCCGACUUGUAUUUGUUUGUCGCCUUUUCCAAAAGAGUCAUUUUUAUGGUACAUGGAUUGCGAUGGUAACUGUUUUAUGUUUCGCUAAAUUAGGCAAGAUGGCCAUCUAGAACUGUCGCAGGCGUACACAAAAGAGAACAAGAAUGCUUUUUAUGUGUCGAUCGGGUUUCAUUUCAUUUACUGCCAGAUCAUAUCGCCAGUAUAGUUUUUCAUUCUUAACCAAAAGAUUUUCUGAUGGAAGGAUAAAAGCAAAGUUCUGCCUUCUACUCUUUCUGGUGUACGAUAUAAAGCUACGUAUACCACCCCUAAAAAGGUAGAGGGAUUCGUUUGUAAGGAGAGAGGAUUUUCCCUCAAAUGUUUGCAGAAGAAGUUUUCCUCCAAUUUUCUUGUGUUGCCAUCCAUUUGUCUUUUUUGCACUGGGCAAAAGUCUUCUAUCAUGUUUGUUCCAUUUGGUCUUUUAUAAAGCUUGGUUUUACAUAAAUUUCUAUAUGAACUCCAUUAAGAAAUAAGGAUAAAGUAGCAAAUAACUUAAUCUCAGAUACUGAUUUGAGCUUAAAUCUUAGAUUAGAAAUCUGAUAUCUCCGUGGCAAGUUAAUUUUGAUUUUGGAACAUUUUGCAGUCCAUUUAAAUAUUAAGGUAUCAGCCACAAAGCUUUUAAGUAGCUAAAAAGUGAUCAUAUUAUCAAGUAAUCCUUUUAAAGUAUCAGGAAUCCAUCUGCUUUUGCAAAUGUGCUUUAUUUUAAACAUUUUAACUCGUUUUUCUUUCAUCAGUUUACCGUGAUACCAUGUUCAGUGUUAUGCAUUCUAUUGUUCAGUCCCAAGCAGUGCAGUUCUGUGCAAUGUUGUUCAUUUUUUUAGUUCUCCCGCCUUUGGCUCAAAGCUGUCAACUAAAAAUGAAUAAUUUGGUUCAAUUUUUUAAAAACCUGUGUGAAGUACAUUGAAAUAAUGUUACUAAAAAAAAAAAAUGGAAUUAUUAUCGCUAGUACUGACAUUUUUUAAAUCUUGGCGCAGAUCUAGGAAUUCUCCUUGUAGAAUAAAAAACAAAUUGUUAAAUUGUUAACAGUAUUUACCAUCACAGUUAUUUUGUAGGUGACAUAUCUAUCAGCUCCAUAGAUCGAUCUUGGAUAUUAAAGGUUUUUCAUGGUUCUGUUAUUGGAUAUUAAGCUACAUGUGCAUGAGGUUCAUUGCACAUUUAUAAAUGGCAACCCAGGGCACAACAGGAAAAAUAAUGUCAGUGAAGAAAGAUACGCACAGUGCAACUAUUUUAAGAGAGUUAAUAAACAUUUAAACAUGCAAUUUGCUCUGAAUCCUAAAACCGAAUAUGAUGUAAUUUUUGAAUAGUUAUGUAUGUUGUUCGUUUUUCACUGAGUGAAUGUUUAUAUUGAUCUGUAAAAACACCUUAAACUUGAAGAAGUGCCUCCUUGCUUAAUUCUAUAGACCGUACACAAUAUAAGCAUUGUAACGUAACAAUGUAUUUAUACAGAGUUAAUGAACUGAAUAUUUCGAUUUCGUAUUUGGGUUAAUGAUUUAAAAGCUUUCAUAUAUGGGAAGCAACAGUAAUUAGCUGAAUCUUGAAUGCUACUUUGUGGGUAGACAUAGUGUGUAAUUGAGACAAAACCAUGCAUUUUAAAACUGAAUUAUAAUGCAAUCAACAUACAUAGACACUAGGUUUCUUAUCAAAAAAUUGAUAUGUCUUGCUCAGGUGAUUGUGCUUGUGAACUUUGACCCUGAUUUUACUCGCCAAAUUGACAAUGGUUUGGGGAGCGUAUUGAUUUUUUUGUAAACUGUAUUGAUGAUGAUGGAUGUGAAAAAUGGGAAGGUGCCAAAAUAUUUCAAAUACCAAAGUUUUUCUUACAUUUUGGGUUGGGAAAAAAAUUUAUGAGUAAGAGUUAUUUCUACAGACUUAAGUAUAUGUAAAUGCCUUAACCAGCUGACUUGAACUCAUUAAUACUUUCUGGAAGGUUGAUAAAGUUUAGAAAGUAAAGCAUUGGUGUUUUAGUAAGCUUUAUGUGAUUAUUAUUGUGUUAUAUAUUGUGUGUAGGGAUUUCUUAAUGAAUUACAAGAUUAGAGGCUUUGGGUGUGAAUAGGGAAGUGGGAUGAAUCAUUGUCUGCAUUGAAUGUUUUUUAAUACAAACAUGUCUUAAACUGAGUUAAAAGUGUUUUAUAGAUUCCAUGGUGCCAUUUUAAUGUGCCUUUUUAAUUUAUACACACUUCGUUACAGUGCUUUAUAAACAAAUAUUUUGGAUAUACCGUUAGUGUUGUUUUCUCUGGUUCUAGAAUGCUUAAAAGGUAAUUUACACUGUAGGGAAUUGAAUGCUUUCAAACAGCUUUGUGCAAGGUUGUCAAAAUAAUUUGGAUGGCCAUCCAUCACAUUGAAAUUACCAUGAUAAUACCUUUGUUUAAAAAAUUAUUUGUUACUGUGAGCGGUUUACAUGUGGCAUGUAGUAAACUGUUAUGAUUGUUCAAGAUCUUUUAUUUGUUUAAGACUUUUGUAGAAAGAUAAUGGAAUGUAUCUUCCCCAAAUAAUUUUUCCUUCUCAGUCUUUUGUUUGAGUCCAGUCAAACAGUGACUUGUUAAUUAAUUCAGAAAUUUUAACAAAGCAUUAUAAAUCUCAUUAUGUAACCAGCUGCCCAUUCUCAACUUAAGUCAAUUAUUGGCAAAACCCAAUCCUAGAGUUCACUGAUCCCGUCUGUAAUCAAUGCAUCUCUGGUAUGUGUCACCUACUUAUCAGUGCUUCCUGUGGACUGUGUAAUGUACCACAAUAUUUAUUAUUAGACCUUUUAAGAGAGUGGGCCAUUUUGGACUUCUUUGUUUCCUUUUGUUUUCAUGUUUCAAAGCUCACAAUGGCAUCUGGUCUCUGAAACAUGCAGCUGCUAAUGGGAUACUUUGUUGUUUUUGUUUUGUCUUGUGAUGCCCAGGAGGGCAAGUAGUAUUUGAGAGACACUAUGGGGGAAAUAUUCAGUGAUGUGUUUAGAAAUAUUUUGUCUUGUAGGCGUCUUCUGUAUUAUAAUAAACCUAUUUUUAAGCCUGUGUUGUUACCCACUCAAUAUGACAGAAUCAAACUAACUACUUAAGUAAAAAAGUAUUAAAUGGACUAUUUAUGUGUGAAGACAUUAAUAAACCUUUUUCAGUUAUGUUGCUAAUAGUUUAAAUCCCCAGGUGGUAUUUCUUAAAGCAGCAGGGUCAGUGAUUAUUCACUAAUCUCAGGGUUGUUUUCAAACUGAUUUCCUAUAAGUUUUCAUUUGUAUCUAUUUUGGCAGAAAUCAGUCCUUACAUUGGAACAAGUCCUUCCAACUAUGCCAGAACCUGUUGCCUUCUUCCAAGCUCUCUUGAAUGUCGCCGUGCAUGUCGAGAAGGAAAACUGGAUGAUCCAAAGUCAAAUUGCUCCAAGUUGGAAGAGGUAAUUAAGUAAUAGCCUCAUGGAUGGUGAUUGUUAUGCUAAAAGUUUGUUCUCAUUGUUCAUCAUUGAUAAGCCAUGCCCUGCCCCGGCGUGCGACAAACGCAGACUGCAGACUUGCAGACUGGCAGGUAAACGAGGAAAACUUUGUUGUGGAAUGCUUUAACAGGGUCCCUAUCCUUAAAGUUUAAGCCAUUUAAAGGUCUAGUUUAGGGAUAGGGAAUCUGUUAGAGCAUUCUUCAGCAAUGUUUACUUCGUUUAUCUGCCAGUCUGCAGUCUGCGUUUGUCGCACAGCGGCCCUGCCCACAUCUACAUGCAGGCUCUGUCUGUAUCCAGACUUCUUUGUGAGGCACUGCAUUUCUUUGAAAUUUUCUAUCUUUUUUUGAGUUGAUUUUGUUUCAUUUUAACCCAGCAGUUUCUCUUGGAUAGAUAAAGAUGGAAUUCAUCAGGAAAUUGAGUAAUUUUAAUUUUCUGUGGACAAAAAGCUUGUACAAGAAUAUUUUAAGCCAUAUUGCAUUUUUUUACAUUUAUCAAGAGCCAUAAGUGUAAUAAGUUAUAUGAAAUAACUCCACAAAAGGUUCUUAUGGGAGCCCAAGAAAGUAAAUUUUAAUUUUCACAGGAGUUGAGAAAACACAGGUAAAAUUGUCAUGCGUAAGAUUUCAUUCAAUUUUGUCCUAAACUUUUAUGCCACUGGUAGAGUUUUGUGGUGUUAAUUUUCUUCCCAUCAGUUAGUGUUGUGUUGCAACUGCCAUUUCCAUGUCAAAAAAUGAAGAAACAUGCCCAUUACAAAUUUAUUAAUACUAAGUAGUACUUGGUCUGGUUUGUGAUGGCACAAUGAAAAUGUCUGCUCAACACUCACAUUUUUGGCUAAUGGCAGCUUCUCCACAUGAAGCUCUAAAACAUGGGUGCCUUACAAAGAUGAGUGCAGAGCCAACUUUCUAUCUCUUUCUGUGUGGACACCUCUAAUCUAAGAUGGACAGCUUCAUAAAACAGUUGCCUGGAGGUGAUCCUGGCGACCCUUCCCUGCUUCUUUUCACUCAUUUUACUGUAACCUAACGUUAUAAGACAGACUCAGCUCAAGUUGUCAGCUGGGGCCAGUCCCAAGGGUGGUUGACUGUUCAGUCAUUUCCUUUGGAAACUGACAUUAAACCUUACAUACAAACCUGGCCCCAGUUGUUCAAACAUUAGAUAGCACUAUCCAUUGGAUAAAUCACUAUCCAGCAGAUAAGUAUGAGGGAAACUAAUUGUGUUAUCCACUGGAUAGUGAUAUCAAAUGUUUGAACAACCGGAGCCUGAUGGUAAAGGAAUGAUUUAAUAUAAUUAUAUUUAGUUAACAUCAACAAUCACUUCUAAGGCGUACUGUGCUCACCAAGUUAAUUUUUUUGUUUUCUUUAGAGUGCCAUGUUUCGAUGUGUUGAAAGAUAUCAGGGUGAGUUGCUUGUGUCUUAGUGUACAAAGAAAAGUUAAUUUUAAGUCACAAAAAUUUUCUUGUAGUAUUUUGACUGAAUGUUUUUGGCACUGCAGCAUCAAGACGUUGUUGUAGGAGUACUACAUUAAAAUGUAUCAAGGCCUGUCAAGUGGUAAGCAUAUACUGUAAAUAAUGAUCACAUAUAAGCACCCUCCCCUCCCCCCCAGUCUUAGGCCCAUGUACCUGUAAACAAAAAAUCAUCCAAUUAUAAGCGCCCCUCUAACUUGUAUUAAAAUGAGUUUGAUUUAUCAUGAAGAUUUGGCGCUAAACAUGAUCAGAAGGGGUCUGCAGAAGAAUGGUCAGCGUGCAUUUGCAUGAGUCCUGGGUAGCCUGUGGUGACUAGAUCAAGAAAGAGAACAACAUGGGCAACAUUUUUUGUCUGUAUGAUCAAUUUUGGUCAAAUUUUCGACAUUUUAUUGACCUCAGUAGCACGCGAACUCAAAUAAUGGCGGCGGAAGGCGAAGAUCUUUCAGCUUCAGUUAUAUUUUUGGGGAUUUUUCUUGGUAAUGGUCGUGUUUUUCGAUCAGCAAACCACGAGGCGUAAGAUUCAAACAGUUGAACUUUUAAGUGUGUGAUGCUGUUGAGGAAAGGUGCUGGAUUUAUAUGCUUGAAAGGUAACUUGAAGCAAAAUUUGUCAUUUUACAAAGAAACAUAUGCAAAUAGCGCCAUGUUGUAUCGACCAGGCAAAGGUUUUAGCCAUUCUUUCAUAGUUUUAACACUGUUUAUUCUGCUUUCUUGGUUUCAAAAUAAAGCUUGUGUGACAUUGGAUCGAUCUUUCUUACUGGCUUUGAUAUAUGUUGCUGUGUGGAGAACUUUAUAGGCAACUAUUUGGAGACAUAUUUGGUCAAGUAUUUAUUUUAAAAAAAUUCUCAAAAAUAGGAUAUUUGGUUUUCUGGUACCGAAUGUGUGGUAGCUUCAAAUUAAUGUAUCCCUAAACAGUCUGCAUCAAUUUUUGACAUCAUACUAUCAAGAUUGAUGCAAUAAUGAGAACGAAAUUUUUUGUUGGUAGUAUUUUUAGCGGCCUUUUCCUUCUCAGGAACUUGCGAACGAAAGGGUUAAUAAAAAACCUGUAAUGCAAAACAUAUUUUGAUCAGCACUGCUCUGCUGUAGCUUGUUUGAAGGGCUUUUUCUAUUCUAGUUAUACUCCCUCUUGGAUAUAAGCCCCUCCAUUUAUAAGCUGUCCUAAAACCCUUCACAGAUGUAUAAGUCCAGGGCUUAUAAGCCAUAGUUAACAAUUAAUACAUUGUAAACUGUGGGUUAAUGCAUUAUUUUAAUUUAAACAUCAUUAAUAUGUACACACACCUAGUGAUUUUGGUGUUUUAAGCAAGCUGAUUGGUUUGCCUGCCUGCCAUAUUAGGAUAUUGAGUAAUACCCUGACUUCCCAUGUAAAAGAUAAUCAGUAUGGCAUGAAAUCCGUGUUCUACCAAAGAUUUAGUUUAGAAACAUUUUACAGUGUGACUACCCGAACCAGGCAUGUGGAAGAAGAUUAUCCUAUCAUAACAUUUUUGAAAACAAAAGAUUCUCAAAUUUUUUAUGCAAACGGGUUGAUAACAUUCACAAAUUUGAGGGCUGUUUCCUGAGAGGUCAAGUAAGUUCAAACAGUUUAAAGUUUCCAGUGGGUGCAUAGUUGAACCUUACAUUUUAUUUUUUGUUUGCAAAAAAAACUGGAGAAUCUUUUGUUUUCAAAAAACGUUGUGUUUGGAUAAUCUUCUUCCAAGUGCCCUGGUUUGGGUUGUUGCACUUUAAGCCUCAUAAGAAAAAUAUUGGCCUUGGAGUUUUUUUUUUUUAAGAAAAAAGACCAACUGUAUUUUGUCAUGGGUUUUGAACAUAUAACCCAAAGUUAAUUUAUGAAGGAAGACAUGUACUGGACGUGAAUAGGGGUAUUAAACUGAAGUGAUGGUUUGAUAUGUAGGGGUUAUUGAAAGCAGUAAAUAAGAUUGCAUCUGCUGCAGUGAGGGGUGGGGGGUGGGGGAUACUUAACACCUGGGUAGGGUAGGGCUUCUGCUUGCAACUUCCUUUUUCUCACCUCGUACAUAGGUUAGAUUUUACAUGCAUUUUCCCUCCACCCUGCUGUGUAAAUUAUAAUAACUUUCAGUGAUUCGUUUGACAGGUAUUUUCAUCAGAUCAACCCCCAUCACUCAAGGCAAAGAAUGAUGUGAAAAAGACUUGUGCAAGAUAUGGACAACAUGUAAUAUCUUGUGUAGCUAACGUUACUGCUGGCGUGAAGUCAUGCUCUGGUGAGUCAAUUUUAUUUAUGCUCUCUCGGUACAAUGCAUAGUUAUUAGGUGUAGUUUUGGAUAAUUAAACUUUUAAGACUAAAAAUUGGAUCCUAUUGAAAAUGAUAUUUUUCUUAUUGAAAAAUGUGAUAUUGCCAAGAUGAUGUUUUGUUUUUUGUAAAUUUAUAAGUUGCACAAGCUACAUACAGUACAGUACAGUUAAUCCUGCAAUCAGUAAUAAUGUUCCCUUGGAGUUGCAUUGGUGACUACAUGGUCAACCAAUGCAGUGAAACCACUCUUAUCUUGUGUAGACCUCUUUGCUUGCUCAAUAGACAUUUAAUAAAUGCAAUGUUUGACCGUAGAAAGCUAUAAUGUUUGUAAUAAAUGGUUUUCUGUGAACAUAAAUUCUAAAGUGUGCUUCUUUCCAACAGUGCCAGAAUCAGAUUCAAGACGUAAAGGUGAUUAUUUAUUAUUAUUGUUAUUAUUAUCAUUAUUUAAAAAAAUACACUAUAAGUGUCCUCUUUGUUUGCUUGUUUCACGUUAUGUGAGAGGUGUUAAUUGUGUUUUUUCUUUUAGUUUUGAAAUGCUGCAAAAGACUUCAAAAUGAUGAUCUAAAAUGUAAAAGAACUUGCCGGCAGGUAUGUCAUUGUAUUUAGUGAUAUACCUGUAGACUAUUUUCUUGUUAUGUUGUUCAUUUAAAUCUGUUAUUAUUUCAUUAAUAUAUAUUAUUUGCAUUGUAUUAGGACCUGCAGUCACAGAAAAGUGGCACUGCCAUGAUUUCAAAUCUAGUUAAGGCUUGUGGAGAACCUUUUGCACAAAACAAUGAAAAGGUAUACUUGACUUUUACUACUGCUUGUUGGUCUAACAUGGUCAUCAAUAUUAAAUAUAUUUUUACAGUUUACAAUACCACUAUUCAUUUCUCAUUGUUAUGUCCUAAUAAUGAUAGAGGUUAGAGAGUUAUUUCAGAGUACUGUGAUAAUAAAUCAAAGAAAUUAAGUCAAGCACAGUUCUCUUUUUAUAUUAAUGAUGACGAACUAGUUUUGAAUUCUUUUGUUUUGUUCUUCAGCGUAAUGGGUUUUGGACCUGUCUUAUUGAAAAUUCAGAAAAGAAUCCUGGUGAGUAUGAAUUAAGUACCAUUUAUCAGUGUAGCAACUUUUCUGGUGUCAAUUGCAAGAACUGUUAAGUAACUUAGGGCUACUUGAAUAAGAGUUUUAAAGGCUAUAGUGAUGUUAUAAUGUACCAGUGUGUCUGUAAGUUUGUAGAAGAAUCUUAGUAAUGAAAAAAAUAGUUAAACUUCUUGUGUCCACACUGUAAGUUGAUUGUCAAUUCCCUUGGUCUCAUAGUCCUAAUUUUCGUCCUAAUAAUAAUAAUAAUAAUGAUAUUAAUAAUAAUUGUUAUUUCAUGAAAUAGGGUAAGGAGGCCAAGGGAAUAGAGAAUGAAUGUAGGUUAAUAUUGAUUUCUAACCAGUAACACUCAUGGUUGUUUUUUACAGCUCCAGUUUGUCCCACAGGAACACCACAGCCACCAUCACCAGGUAAAUAAAUUGUAUUAGACAAAUUUGACCUUUUAAUAUGCUUCAAGGCUGAAGGAGAACGUUUAUGAUAAAAUGAUGAAAUAACCUACUGUGGAUGUGUAUUGCUAUCCUUCUUGAAUUGAUAUAAUUUGCCCUGCAUAUGUUAGCAAAGUUACGUUUAAUGACAAAAUUCUUUCAUUGGACUGCACAGAAAAACACUCGGCGAGAGACAUCUUUUAUUUAUAAUCACCAUGAAUAAUGCUUUUGUUCAUUCUUAUUUCAAAUAAUUUAUUUUAGGUAUGAAGUCUAAAUGUUCUUUUCUUUUUCUUUUUAUGGCAGGCAGGGGUAAGUGGGGUAUACUUCAUAAUGGUUUAGUUCUCAUGGUGUAAACAAAAUGUUUGAAAGUUUGGUGUCUUUGUGAUUUAAGUUUUAGGAAUUGACAGUGCUAAACUUCAGUGCUGUUCUAAAGCAAAAGAUUCUGGCUGCUGGCGUCUUUGUAUUCAGGUUUGUUUGUUUUAUAAGUGCCUCUGUUCUUAACGAAUAUUUUUCAAGAUUCUGUGAUUGUUUUGUUCUGAAAUUAGUAUUGGAAUUAUAUAAUAAUAUUAUGGUGACAAAUGGAACUAGUCUGUCUUAUUGCAACAUAAGUAUAUCCCCCCUAUUUUCAUUUAUUCUUCUAAGGUAUGAAAAAAUGUUUGAUAAUUUCUUAUAAAAUACAGUCACCCCUAUUAAUACGGGCACUCAACGGGUCACAGAAACUGUCCGUAUUAAUGGGGUGUCUGUAUUAUUAAGCUGGUGUCCGUAAAGCAGGGCUUGAAUGACUGUACGGGAUUUUCAUCCAGUUUCACUUCCUGUGGUAGGUUCAGUUUUUGGCUGCAAAAUAUUUAUAUUCACUCAAGUUUUUUAGCCAUUUAUUCAUUUAUUAUACUUUGGGUUUUCUUUUUAUGUAAUUUACCUGGUUGUUGAUUCCAUCCCAGAGUAUAUUUCACUACAUACCUAUUAUAGACAUAUAUCCAAACACAUGACUCAUGAAAUAAUUUGUUGAAUUUGUAUAGAUGUACAAAUCUAGUUGGGGCAGGACCCAGAACUGGCGUGAAUUUGAUGUCAAGUGUGGUUACAAUCCUAGGGAGGUAUGAUGCACUCCAGAUUUUAAUGCUUCUUUAUAAUUCAUAGUUCCUAAAUACUUGUAGUGGUUUGGUAUCAUUAAAUUUGUCAUGACUUGUGUACUGAAUCAAUUAAUUGUGCUUGUUCUGUAGGUCAGUAUGAUGAACUGUUUGGCUGAUGGUGAGUAAACAUUGAACCCUUAAAGUCCCAUGCAGUAUCCACUUCCAAUCCAAUUCUUCACACUGAUCUCUAUAAUUUCCUUAAAGAAUUUAAAGUUGAGUGGAUUUGGUAAAAGAUCGAGCCAUUUCCCUCCGGGUAUCAUUAUGGGUUAUGCGUGGGCCACUUUGACUUUUUUACAUAGAGAUGACUUCCCAGUGAAAACUUAAUUGGCUCUGCCACAGGCACCCCAAUAAUGAAUGGUUUGUUAUCUCUGCAUGGCCAUCAAACUGAGCUAUUUGGCAAAGCCUGUCAUAGAUCAGGUCUAGUGAUAUACAUGUAACAACUGAUAUUGAGAUAAUGUUUUCAUGGAGACAAUGUUUCAGGCAUUAAGAUCCUGCAAUUUUAUUGUUUUGUUUACAGUUACUGAACCAUGCCAGUUGGGUUGCUCAGGGCUCAGUUUUUGCACAAACUUCAACAACAGGUUUGUUUAAAUAUUGUCAUAGACUACAAACAGUCUGUAUUUUUGUGUAUUGAAGUACGCAUGAACAGUCAAACAAAAGACCUGGAGUGAGGCUGAAAACAAAGAGUGAGACUGGGGACGGAUGCUGGAAAUUAGGGGCGUGGGAGGGGCUUAAGUGCUUCAUGCACAUGAGACUGUUUUGCUUUGUAAUAGUCUCAUGUCUUUCUCCAUAGAUGCAUGGUGUUAAAAAUCAAAAUGCAUACAAACAUAAUUUGCUUUAUCUUUCAGAGGUUAGAUGUGUGAAUGUAUGAAUAUAUAUUAGCCUCAUAUAAAAAUAAGGCCCAAUGAUUUGUGGCCUUUUCUGAGGUGUAAAUGUUUCUUUAGUUAUUAGAAACUCUGAUCAAUCAAUCCUAAUCCUUAGAUGUAUGUUGUUGUUGCAUUGUAGACAUACUGAACUGUUCCGUAGCUGUAAAAGGGCUUCAGAUAAAAAUGCCAAGAGUUACAUGCUAGAGUGGACAAAAGGUUACAUCCAGAUACCUAACACUGAUAUCAAAAUACCAAUAAUGGACAUCAAGAAAUGUCUUCCUGAAACGUGGAAGGUGUGUGCUGUCUUCUUAGCUGUAAUGUUGGCUGGGAUUUUCGUUUUUGUUGGUGCGAUUGUUUUUGUUCACUUCUUAAUACCUCUUUUCUCAGAUUUGUGUAAUGUUUUCAUAUCGUUUUUAGACUAUACUGUUCUAUCAUCAUAAAGUUUAUAAUAAUUGCUCAUGUACAUGUACAUAAUUGAAGGACUUGUUGUGUAGUAAGUAACCAUUGAGCUUCUCUCCUUCCAGGCAAUUGCUUGUAUUCUUCAAAUUAAGCCAUGCAGCAUUAAAUCUCACAGAAGCACAAUCUGCAGGUUGGUGGUAGAAACUGACUGUCAUUAUUAAUUUACGUUAUUUCAGCUGUGAGAUGUUGCACUUCUGUGUGGACACCCGUAAAUUUUAACAUAUGUCAAUUGUAGUGUAUGCUGUUAAAGGACUCAAACUCUUGGUUAACCCCAGAGUUUAGGUCUCCCAGAAAAUUAAAGCAUUUAGUAAGAUUUAUUAUGAACAUGUCUGAGAGACUUAUUGUUUGUCAGUCAAAUUGGCCAAGAUUGUCCAUAUAGCAUUUCCCACCGUUGCCAAUUCGUAGUCUUAGUCUUAGCUAGACUACAUGAAGGUCUAUUAUCCUAUUUCCAUCUUUAAGCUGAGUGAAAUUGUAUGUAUAUUGUACUUUUAGGCCAGAUUGUGUUGAAAUUUUACAAAGAUGUCGCAAUUCAAGCUCUGAUAUGGGAGGCUUGUCAGCUGAGGAUGUGUGUGAUGCACUCUCACCGCCUGACAAACAUGCACCAUGUAUUUCCCUCAAAGAAUAUUUAGGUAUCUACAUGUAUUUUAUUAUAGCCUAUUUUUAAGCUCUGUAAUGUUCUGAUUGCGAACAUCUACGCCCUUCUCCUUGUAACGUCAUCUGAGUGUCAGUUUGAAAAUUGUGUUUCAACAGUUGUUGAUAAAGAAGUUUUAGUAAACUAAAACCAAGUUUUCACUAUGGCAAGGGCAAUAAUUAUUAACUAUGUAAUUAGCACUUUUUGUUUGCAAACUUUUGUGUCUUGUGUUCAAAGGAUAGAGAAAUUUCUUUUUCCAAUGUUUUUUUUUGGUUGAUUUGUUAGUGCAUAUACCUAUCGUUUCAAGCUCUUGACACAAAUCUCUUAUGCAGUAGGAAGUGUUUUGAUAUAAUUGACAGCAGAGUCAAUGUGUUUCGGAGAAGAACUAUUUAAAAACGGCGAACAAUGUUGUUGUUUUUCAGUACCCAGCAAGUAUGAAGAUGUGACAGAUGAAGGUAUUAAAGCUUUGAAACUGUGAAUAAUAUUUUAAUUGGUAGCAAUCAUAGCCAUGAAUAACUUCACUGCUUUAAAACUUCGUUAGCGUUCAAGUCUGAUUAUCAGUUUUAUUCUUGGACAACUGAGGUGAGGCACUAAGAUUAAUUUUAUGUGAUGUGAUUUGCAGUGACGCACCCUUGCAAUCCAAAUCCUUGCGAGGAAAAACAAGUUUGUGACAUCAACAGACGAUGCUUCAGUGCUAUCCUUGACAGGUGUCAAUCAUACACUUGUGUCCCAGGUAAAUGUACAUAGUAUCUUACACCAUCUUACUUCACAGGGCCUGUUCUGCCAGGGCUGUUUCAUUAACAAAAUAUGGUACAACUGAAUAAGAAAAAGGAAGUUUUAGCAACAACGAUGGCGACGGCAAGGAGAACGUGAAAAAGUGAUAGGUCUAAUAACCUUAAUAACCAACCAACAAAUUUGUGCGUGCAUUACACUUACACACUGUACACUUCGUUGCUGUCCGGCACUGCACGACUACAGCUUAAAAUUUCCUUGUGCUGCAUUUUACGGAAGACAGAUAAAGACGACAGCGAUUUAUUCUUUCACUUUCUAAGCUUAGUUCGGACCACAAGAAUUCAUCUGCUGUGUAAUUUACCUCCAUUUGAUCUUGCUUAAACACUCUUUUGUGUUUUCGCCAUGGACGCAUACAGAAACAAAAAGUUUCUGGUUUUCAGUCCAUUUCCGUUUUGUUUUAUUGAUGUACCAACAUCGUUUUACACCGCACAGGUUGUCCACUUGGUGAUGAAUCCAGUUUCCUUGUGCGAGUGGGAGAGUUUGCCAGGGUAAGCAGUCAUUACGACAAUGAGCUGUCAUUAUAUAUUGAUUGUUUUUUCUUUGUAUACAUUUAUCCUCGAUCGAUUCGGUCCCUGGAGGUAUUAUUAAUCGGCAGGUCAGUUGUUAUGAUACCCAGGAAAUGAGGGACACCGAAGGGUGAUUCGUCGGGGCCGAUCCAGGGAGCGGCAAAGCGCGGGAAAAAACCUUUUCACGCGAUUUUGAGCGACGCAGGUCAGACAGAAGUGAACUUUUUGCCGUCUUAGGCAAUGGUUUUGCCCAAAUUUUCAGGCAAAUUGCUUUUAUAAGCGUAAAGACACUUAAAAGGGAAAAGGCGUCACUUCAGUUGACGUUCGUCGCUCAAAACGUCUUUGCUUAAUCUCUUUAAUGACUUCUCCUUUGUUCAGCUUAGUUUUAUUGUUCAUUAGGCGAAAAUAACCAUAACUGUGGAAAGGUCAUGCAUCUCAAAUGAUUAUGAUAAAAGAGAGACCCAUGAUUUGAAGGUUUUGUUACUGAUCUUAGGUGCCUGAUCCAAGUGGAAGAGCCGGCUGCUAUAAAAUUUGUCACUGUGAUGGUACAUCAAAACUCAGCAAAUGCAAAAGUCUGGACUGCAUUCGACGAAAGCCUUGUUACAUUCCGGGCAAACCUAUGGCCAUAAGUGAGUGAAACCUUGUUGGCCAUUGUUUAUUUCAUAAUUUGUCUUUUCCUUACAUUUUUGUAUGCUGUGUGAAACAAAACUAUGCAACCUAUGACAAAGUUAAACAAAACGCGUACUUUAACGUUACAUUUUACCUGACUUUUCCUUCUAAGCUGUCUUUAAAUUACAGAACUCUCUCUUCUCUACGGUGGCCCAGAAGGGUCACACAUGCAAAUUAAAAAUGUUGCUGCAAAUUAAAAAUAGUACUUGCAAAUUAAAAAUUGUACAUGCAAAUUAAAUAUAAUACAUGCAAACUAAAAAUUGUGGUACAAAUUGAAAAUAGAAAACAUAUCGAUGCAAAUUAAAAAUGAGCGCGCGCAGUAUGAGUGAUGAGGACCUGGUCCGAGCCGUGUGACCUGGCCUUACAGCCCUCGGCCCGUUCAUGUUUCAUGUUUGUAAUAUUUUUAGUUUGCAUGUGCAAUUUUGAAUUUGCAGGUAAAAUUUUUAGUUUGCAGCAACAUUUUUAAUUUGCAUGUGUGACCCUUCUGGGCCACCGUACUUCUCUGAUCAAUAGCCUUUUCACAGGCCCUCUAUUUUCUCUGAUUUACAGAUCGUCGACCGCGCGUUUAUUGAUCGCAAACGCAAGGGGUUGGGGUGUGGGGAAAAGAAGAAAGGAAAAACGUCAGUGAACAGGCUACUGAUCAACGUUUAAUUCACUGGCAUGAUUUUUUUGCAGAUGAUGGUGAGUUGUUUAUGGAUGACUGCAAUUUAUGUACAUGUUUCUCUGGAGAGGUGACUUGCACCAAGAGGCAGUGUCCAGCAUCUGUGCUUUCACCAGAGUAUAAUGCAAGUGAGUCUUUUUCUUCAUUUUCAGUGCAAGUUAGUGCACAGCUUAAUAUUUAGGUGGAAAAAAUAGUAGGAGGCUUUCUUCUCUUGAUUGUCAAGUGCUUCAUACUUGUUUAAAACGUCGACAGCUACUGAAAUUCCGUGAGAAAUUUUUUUUUGUUUCAUUUGCAAGUGAUAAUUUUUGACCCGCAUUGUUAAAAUCUCGGGCCAAAAAAAACCGCUUUUUCCUCGUCUCCCAAGGUUGAACACCCGGCCGAUUCAAUUCGUGCAAAACUCAUUAUUUGAACUAACAUUCCUGACACUUUAUGUUAGCUUUUUAAUGAAGCAUUGUUUAUUUAGUGUUUAUACUCGGCAAAAGACACUUUUUUUUACUUGAUAAUGACGUAAGUUCAACUUCAAGACGUCGUUGUUUUUACUUUUUUAAACUUUUAAAAAUUAUUAUGAGGAAAUGUCUGCCGAAUUCGCUUGUUAUUCCUACGGUUUUCACGUCAGAAAUCGGUGGAAGGCACAGUUACUGCGGUCGAAUGUCUUUUAUUUGCUGGCGGGAUUAAAUUUACUUUCAAGUUGAAAAACGGCGGAGAAAUUAUAAAAUUGAUAGAUGUCAACAAAAAGCCAAGCCGGACCUCACUUCAAAGACAGUUAUUGUCUUAUUUCUUGGACUAAUAUAUCUGCUCUUUUUUUAGGCCGGCCUAAACGAAACCAAACCCCUGGCAACGAGUCCAUAGAUACGGAUUUAAUCAUAACUCUGCCAUGUGGUUGUGAUAAUGUCUAUCAACCAUUGUGUGGCGGGGAUGGCAAGACCUACCCCAACCCUUGUGUUGCACGGUAAGCAAAUACUACUGAGCUCUGUCUUCGCCUUAUGUAAGGCAACCUGGAUUCCGAAAUCAGAGAAAUUAUUGGUGAAUUUGGAAUCCGGGAAAUUUUGCUUGUGGAAGCCAGAAUCCUGAAUAUAUUCAGCUUGUGGAAUCUGGAAUCGUACUAACGAUUGGAAUCCGGAAUCCAAGGUUCCACUGACAAAGAAUCCAGAAUCCACUAACUGGAACCCGGAGUCCACAGCGUGGAAUCCAGAAUCCAAGCUGAGACUGUCUUGUAUUCCCUUACAUGGGGCCAUUGGUUUAGUGCCGGCUCUGGUGAUAGGCCAAACGACCCCAUUUAAGUUUUUGAACGCAUGCAGACUUAAGAGUUUGCGCCUCUGUUCUCACAUGAAUGAUAUCAUCCUUCUAUGAACUUGUAGUCUGGAGUGGACUGUUUACGAAAGUAUCCGUUUAUGACCGUGUGGUUGGAGAUCAAGUAGCCUGCUUAGCAGGCGUCGAAAGGGGUAUGGGGUAGGGAGGAAGGGAAAAAGAGGGGGAUUGGGGACAGAGGGUAAGGCUCCCUUUCAUUUUUCCCCUCGCUCGCGCUUUUCUCCCUCCCCCUCCCGUUUUUGCGCCUGCCACGCAGGCAAGAGAUCAAGUUGUUAGUAGAGAGGGAUCGCGUGAAAAUACCUUAGUAGGAAUAAUAAUUUUAUAUGAUUACAGUAUAUGAUGAGGCUGGGUAUGACAAGAAGAAUUACGCCGAUCUCGGAGGGUGUUAUUCGUCAUUGCGUAAUAGCUCCUGCUUGCGUGACUUGGGAAGGGGAGAGCGCGAGGCGCGCGCCCCGCUCUUUCCCUUUCCCCUUUCAAUGCCUGUCACGCUGGCUUUAGUGCCCCCAUCGGAUAAAACAUUCUUCAUUCAACAUUGGUUGACACAGAAGUAGGUUACCACACGCCUCUGGUCACAUACCAGCACUGAUCGAUUGUUAUAAAGGUAGCAUGCCAUAAUAUUCCAUCUGUGGAUCCAAUAAAGUAUGUCUAAAUCAGUUCCUAGAAACGCGUGUGUUCAAGUUUCUUUAGAAGCUUCCUCUGUGUCCUGCUUAUUUGGCACUAGCUGGUAUGAACUGAGAAUCAGUUCUCUAUUAAGCAAGACUGUUUCAGUUGUUGUUAUAUUUUCUCUUUCUUUCUCUUUUUUUAACCAGUUGCAUGGGACUUAGGAGUUCUGAUUACACGUAUGGUAACUGUGCUUCUAUUGAUCCCUGUGAAUCAAAUCCUUGUGCUGCAGAUGAAAAGUACGUAUGAAGAGUUUUUGCUGUAUCCCCGUCUUUUGCUUUCUGCAAAUAAUAUUAUGUUUACGUGCUUUUGUUUUUAUUAGUGUAAACUUUUAUGACAUUGUCAGACUUUUCUCCUAACGUUCACGGCUUAUUUCAUUUAUUAAAGGUUGCUGUCUGAACCUUCUCUAGCUAUUGAACUUAUAUGGGCGAUUUGAUUUUGAUUUUCAAGGUGUAUUGUGGAAAGAAAGACCUGCCUCUCCGUCCUUGAUCACUGCAGCCAAUUCUACUGUGGUAAGUAAAUUGAGUUAUUCUUUCAUGUUACGCUUGCGGCAAAUAGACCUACUGCUUCAUAUAAUGGUAAUAGGCUGUCCAUACUCAUGUAUUUGUAUGUGUAAGCAGAAGAACUUUACUCAGUACUUCUGUCAGUUUUUUUAAAAUAUUUCUCAAGCUUUGUUUUUGUUGUUUUUGUGUUGCCAGUUUCGGAGGGAAAGUACUGCAGUGAUCUUCAGUUGGAUCCAGUUUGCGACACGGACAACCGCCAACACCCAAACCUUUGUUCGUUACAGUUCAACGGCAAGAGUCUGGCAUAUAAAGGUUUUUGCAAGGUGAAUAAUUAUGUGAAAAAAAAAGCAAAACAGAAAAGUGUGCAAAGAUACCGUUGCUGUUUAAAGUUAUAGUGUCCUCUUGAUUUACACUUUUUGGAACUCUACCUGCCAAGUUCGGUGUUAUUUUUAAUUCAGAAAGAGGAAAAUAUUGCACUUGGUGAUCAGCUUGCAGCUUCAUGAUUGACUUUUUUUUUAUUUGAUAGGAUGAAUGUAAGCCCUCGUCCCCUGCCGUGUGCGGAGUGAAUGGUGAGACUUACUCCAGUACAUGUGCAGCAGACUCAGCCCGAGUUCUUAUUGAUUACCGCGGUCGCUGCAGGGCAGUCGGAGUCGGAGAUGGUGAGUAUAUAUAUACCACACUACUGUGCAGGAUUCGUAAAUAGACAAUUCUCGACAGUUUCGAUUUAGAAUCGUUUAUACACUUGCCUUAGUUGUUGUGAACUGGUCAGCGGACUAGAAUUUGACUGACAGUUCACGCUGAAACGAAGGACUACUGAGAACGCACCACUCGCGUUUGGACUGACUCUUCACAUUAAUGACAUCACGGCUUACUAACUUAAUUGACGAGUCAGGUAACCAUCACCUUGGAUACAUACUUAAAUUCUGAUUCUAAACUGAGACAGGUUAUAGAAAUGUGAAUCACUGCAUGUCAUUCUACCCAGUCCUAGUCAGCACGAAGAAAACCUCGCACGCAUUUUGAAACCAUUAGUAACCAAAAAGAGACGAGCACCCUUACCUUGCGAUCAUAACUCUCUUAACGUCAAGAUUCUGAGCAAACUGUAGAAGAGGAGCUCUGAGGUGUUAAUGUGUGUGUGUGUAAUCUCAGGAGAUGAGCCAAGAUGUAAGAAUGUGAAGUGUCCUAAGGUGAAUCCACCUGACUGUACAGGAAUCAUUCCACCUGGGGCUUGCUGCCCUCACUGUGGUAAGAAUCUUUACAUUGAAACCUGCGAUACUCAUCCAUUUCGUAAAACAUGAAAAGACAAAAUAUACUUCAGACUUAAACCUGCGAUAAUUUUAGAUUUUUUUUAAAUCUUAGAGUCUCAUAUUGAAGAUGUAGAAACUUCGGUGCGGGAUUAUGUAUUUGAUAUUUUUUCGGAUGCAUUUACCUUGGUAGACGUUGGAGAACCUUAAUAGCAAAAGACAAGUACCCUUUUCUUGUACAUGUACCGUCGUUUGAGAAAUUGAAAUGAUUGUCAAUAGAAUUCAUCCCGUCAUUAACUUUUUUGACCCCUCUGACUGACUGACUGACUGUGGGUCGUGUCAAUGAGAAAAUAAUGAUCAAGGCAUAAAGGGCUAAUCUUUGAUUUUAAGUUCGGUCACGUUGUGCAAAAUUGUAUAAUGUGAUACACUGUACGAAAGUUACAUUGUUACAGGUUACAGGCUGAGUUGUAAUCACAUCUUUUCAUCCGCCUUACCGUGAAAAAAGCUUUGGCUUGUUGAGGUCGCGCCUUAAUUUUCAUCUAAGUCACACUUUUCUGUGUCUUUUAGUCGCGGAAGUUCGAAUCCUGUACAGUCUAAAACAGCUGAUGAAGAACAGAGAAGGUUUUAGCAUAUAUGAGACAGUCACACUGGAACAACUAUUUCUCCUCUUGCGGCGUCAUAUUUCCACUGUAAGUACAAUAAAAAUACAUUGUGAACAUGUGAUGAACACCUGUCUAAAAAAACUGAAUCUAAUAAUCGGUCGCCGCUGCUCUCCAGCUUAAAAGCGCAAGUAGUAACAUCAGAAUCAUAGUGCGUUCGGCUAAAAGAAGUCAGUUUAGUUUUUAAUAUUUUUCUUUCAGUUUUGUUGACGAAUAUGGCUGUCCAGAGUGACAGUUUGAAAUGGGCAAUUUCCAGUUUCCAAAAUCUCUCACUCUCAUAACGAGGCUAAGUGCAAAACCUUUUUUUGAAAAUGAGUUUCAUUGCAGGAGAAUAAAAACGCAUUUUCAUAUCAAUGGCUUCGCACUUAGCCUCGCUUGGAAACAGGGGCUCGGAGCAAAUCGGAAAUGACCCAAUACACUUUUUUGAAGCUACUGGAAAAAAAUCUAGAUUCUUAAGCAUACUUUACUUUUCAUUAAGCGUUACUUACAGCUUGCCUGCAAAUUACUUUCUAUUUUCAGACCGAGUGCGAUCUCUUUGGGUAUCACAGUCUUGAAGGUGAUAUAGUGGUGUUGGUAAUGGCUGUCACGGGAAAACCAACAAUCCUUCAGGUAUUACUCAGUUUAUUUUUUUCUGGAACGGAGGGUUUUUCCUCAUGCCAAGGCUUCACGUAGAUGUUCAAAGCUGCUCAUUUUAUUCCUCAUGUAGUUCUUUACAGAGACUCACUUUUUUUUGAUACACUGAUUUUCUUGUCAAACUCGUUCUAGGAUCUCUCUUCUCCCCAUCCCCGAGAGUGAGACUUGGGACUAGACCCCAGGGAAACGGGGUCUCCUAUUUUCUAAACUUGGAUUUUGUUUUGGUCUUUAUAGGUUGAAACUUGUAAUCGUGAAGCCCAAAGGCUGGAAGCGUUCGUCAACACAGGAACUCCUGCGUUCACUUCAGAUAUAGUGUUGUCAGCACUUAAAGGCGCUCGCUCACGGGUACCAUUACUUUCAAGAAAAUCACAACAACCGGUUUCCAACGUUCGCAAGAGUAAAGCGAGUGUGGUGAACAAUUCAUUAAUUGUGUCAUUGUUACCUAUAAUUAUGCUUCCUGUUAUUCGUCGAACAGGUAGAAGUUAAUAUUCAGAGUUCUCUCAGAGUAUUUUUAUGACAUUGCAAUGAAUUUAUAAAUGUAAAGAGAUUAAAUUAUUGUAUUUUUGAGGAUAAAAUUUUGAAGGACACAAAAUUAGUCAUCUUCACAGCUUUCAGUGAAAUUCGUUGUUUUUUUCGUAUUUGUAGCGAUUAUUUUGUAAGCCAGGAGAAGUUCUUUUAGGUAUUACGGUAAGAUGCGUGUUGAACUGAGUCACUGAAGUUUCGUUUCAAAGAGGCGCGUCUAAACACGACUUGAGGUGUCGCGCUCAUUAAACGCAGUGUUCUUUUUUUAUGCAGCGUUCAUCUUGAUUUCUAGUUUUGGCAGCAGAUGUUUUAAAAUUAAGGAACUAUUUUAUACGUUGAGCAGUGUUAUGCGUCUCUUCCGCGGGAUAGAUCGAAUAGAUUAACAUGUCAUUUUACGCCUGCUAUCGAAGAAAGGAGAAUUUAAAAGUGAAGGAGCUGAAGGUCGUGAAGUGAGUCGUGUCGAAUUUGUUUUAUAAAUAAACGAUAGAAUACUCUUAAAGGUAAUAUAUAUAACUUUCUCAUUCUCAAGAAAAUUUUGUAGGAAGUUUUGUUUUUAAAAAAAUGUUGAGUUAUUCGUCAUGAAAUGAGCCGUAUUAACUCAAUUUAAACGUUUGUUGUUGCGUUUCGUAGAAAAAAUUCUGAUCAAGUAUUCCUCCCAAUGCUCGUUUGAAACGCAAGGCUUCACUGUCCUCUUAAGUUCACCUCCAACCAAGGAGGUGAAGUGUUUGGUCGGGAUGGUCAUAUAAGAAGGCUUGCGGACAGACCGAGAGCAUAAAAAUUGUUCUGUUACUGUUUUUGUAUUCCUCGAACACAUACACUCGUUCAAUAAAUAUAAGAUACGUAAUAUUUAUUUAUAAAAAAACCGUUUAAAAUUACAUCUA